UUACAAAAUGCUGAAGAGCACCUCACGUUUAUAUAAAAUUAUAAAUAAAAAUGUUACUUUGACAUUUUCGAGACUACAGAAUACGGCUGCUGAAAUAGGGCAGAGUUCGAGGCAGAGGGCGUGGCUGCUCGCCAGGGAGCGGUACCAGGACCAUGAGCACGUCCAUUACAGCUCCGUCUUGGAGACCAAAAUAAAGCCAAAGUUCUCGAUUCCCGAGGCACAGCCGGCAUUUCCCGAGGAUUGGAUGGACGACUACGAGUUCUACAAGGGCGGACAGGAUAAAGCGGACAAGAAGGGCACUCCAGAUGCCUCGGUUCCCCCCUCAGAAGUCCCCUGCAACGGUUGUGGCGCCAAUUUGCAUUGCUCCAGCGAAUCCCUUCCCGGCUAUAUACCCAGUGAAAUAUUCCGGGGAAGGACGCACCAGGAACUCCAGACCAUCACCUGCAAGCGCUGCCACUUCCUGAACCACUACAAUAUAGCUUUGGACGUAGAGGUGGCUCCAUCGACCUAUGUGGAGACCAUAUCCCGCAUACAGGACAAAUUCGCACUGGCCAUUGUGCUCGUGGACCUGCUGGACUUCCCCAGCUCCAUUUGGCCGGGAAUGCAACAUGUGCUGGGCACCAAGAGACCCGUAUUCCUAGUAGGCAACAAGGUGGAUCUGCUGCCACGGGACUCCAAUGUCUAUCUGCAGCACAUCAAGGAUUCCCUGAUGAGGGAGUUCGUCAAACACGGCGGCGGAGAUGGACUGAACGUGAAGAAUGUCAGCCUGAUAUCCGCCAAAACGGGCUACGGCAUCGAGGAGCUGAUCACGCAGCUGCACAAGACGUGGGCCUACAAGGGCGACGUCUACCUGCUGGGCUGCACCAAUGUGGGCAAGAGUUCGCUGUUCAACAUCCUGCUAAACUCGGACUAUUGCCGCCCGGAGGCCAGUGACCUGGUGCGCAAGGCCACCACUUGUCCCUGGCCGGGAACAACACUGAAACUGCUGCGGUUUCCCAUCCUGCGGCCAUCCAAUGAUCGCAUCUACCAGCGCUUCAAGCGAUUAGUUUCAGAGCGCAGCGAGAAGGCGGCAAUGGAAAAGGAACGACGCGCAGUGGCCAGGGAAACGGGAGCAGCUGCAGCUGCCCAACCAGUGGCCUCCGUGGGACGCACUUUCGAUCGGCGUGACGUUACCAACGAUGCCUUCGCCAUGUCGAGUGGCUCAAAGCCCAUUACCACGCUGAACGAUCGCCAGAAGGAAUACAAGGAGGCGCGUUGGGUUUACGACACUCCCGGCGUGAUGCAGCCCGAUCAACUGACUCCCUUGCUGACCACCGACGAACUAGUGAAGCUGCAACCCACCACAAUGAUCCGCCCCAGAGCCUUUCGCCUGCGUCCCCAGAUAAGCAUCCUGCUGGGAGGCCUGGCCCGAUUGGAUCUACUCGAGAUAACAAGCUCUAAGAAACAGUUUGACUGGUUAAAGGUGUUUGUAUUUGCCUCGGAGAAUCUGCCCGUGUUGAUAGCAGACACCCAGGCGGCGGAAGAGGUGUACAAAAGAUACCUUGGAACGCCUUUCCUGGGUGUUCCCCUGGCCAGUGAGGAUUGGGAGGCUCGCCGGAAACGCUGGCCAGGAUUGCAGUGCAAAGAAGGCGACAUUGUGCUGGCGAACGAAGGAAGGAAUGACGGGAAGCUAAACUGUGAUAUUACACUCAGCUCGGCAGGCUGGAUGGGAUUGCUCCUGCCAGGACACUCCGAGUGUCGCCUGCGGGCCUGGACGCCACAGGCAGCUGGCAUUUAUAAGCGUAAACCUGCUUUGAUUCCACUGGCCGAUCGGUUGGUGGGCAAGCACAUUAGGUACUCCCUGGCCUACAACACCACAACGCCUUUUGUUUUCAAAAAAUAAAAUACUUGAAAUAUUAA